AUCAGCUGUCAACUGUCAAAUCUAUGUUUUUAUUUUCUGCUGCUAGAUUGUGUGCAUGAUUUUGCAAUAAAUUAAAAUUUCUUUGUUUGUGUUAAAUAAACCUGAUAAAAAUAUCAAAAUGUUUGGAUUCAACAUGUUCCAUGAAAUAUCGCGGCCCUUCAACAUGUCUUACAGAUGCUUCUCAGUGUCCAUGCUGCCAGGAAACGAGAGACAGGAUGUUGAGAGAGGAGGCAAAAUAAUCAUGCCUCCGUCAGCACUGGAGCAGCUAACAAGGUUGAACAUAGAGUACCCCAUGAUCUUCAAACUGACCAACAAGAAGUCCAAGAGGUCCACUCACUGUGGAGUGCUGGAGUUUGUGGCAGAUGAAGGGAAAGUGUACUUGCCACACUGGAUGAUGGCCAAUCUGGUGAUGGAGGAGGGAACCCUGCUCCAGAUAGAGAGUGUCUCCCUGCCUGUGGCCACAUUCUCCAAGUUCAAACCUCUUUCCGAAGACUUCUUAGACAUAAGCAAUCCUAAAGCAGUACUGGAGAACUGCCUACGUAACUUCUCAUGCCUGACGACCGGUGACGUCAUCGCCAUCAAGUACAACUCCAAAGUGUACGAGCUGUGUGUGCUGGAAACCAAACCUGGAAAUGCUGUCAUCAUCAUAGAGUGUGAUAUGAACGUGGAAUUUGAAUCUCCCGUCGGCUACAAGGAAGAGGAGCGUACAAGCCAUGAAGCACAAAGCGAGGCCGAACAGGAUCCUGCUGCCCUGAUGCCUGAACCAAGCGGCUUCGUGCCUUUCAAGGGAGAAGGGAACAGGCUGGAUGGCAAGAAGAAGAAGCUAGUCAGUGAGAGUGAUUCUGAGCCAGCGGCUACAAGUCGACAGCCCUACGUCCGUGGCAUCCCGGACUACGAGUACGAGAUCGGAACCAUCCGGUUCAUCCGCACGCGCCCGUCCAGCGCGCGCGAGGAGACGCCCAUACAACCCUUCGAGGCCUUCAAAGGAGAGGGCUUCACGCUACGCACUGCCAAGUCCAACUAAUGUUUUACGCUGCAGACAAAGCCACGCUACCGCUGACCAUACAGCCUGGGAAAAAAGAAUAGAAAUAAUACGGGCGCCACCGUCACUUUUGUAUAAAAAAAGUAAGUGUUACUAUGAAAAAAAAAAAUGUCCCAUUUCUACUCUAUUUUUGCCAAUACUUAUAAUUAUAGGGACUGAUACAAACGAAUAGAAAACCAACUGCGUCUUGUAUGCCCAUUGAAACAUCAGCGUGAAAUUCACGGACAAGAUGGAGUAUGUAUCAGCCUUUAAGGGCCUUAUCACACUUGCGAUUUGCGGGCGAUUUGAAAGCGAAACGAAAAGUUCGCCGCGUCUAGAGUCGAGACGUCAUGCUGUAUUCAUCAGCAAAAUUAAUUUCUAUCCACUUUAGUUUAAGUCGAUAUUUGUAGUAGUUUAUUAUCUACGAAUGUGGACAAAUGGACAAGCAACAAUAAUGGCACCGUCGGAAGAUUCAAACACUUGCAAGGGAUAUCGCGGCGAACACGCUGCGCACUCGCGGCGAACUCGCUGCGCCUUCGCUUCGCUUUCAAAUCGCCCGCAAAUCGCAAGUGUGAUAAGGCCCUAAGUAAAAAAAAAGGCGUUUGGCGUCGAGUGUGUACGGUCAGAGCGUGCGCGGUCUUUGUGUUAGGCGCUGCUGCCACCGAAAGCAAGUAAGCGACGAGCUAUCGGCAAUAGAAACGAACAAAAGAUGGAGAGACGCGACGAUAGCGCGAGUUAUAAGUUCGUCACCGAGCGAUGAACUAUAAAUAGCUCGCUCUCUCUUUUAUUUACACGGGAGCGACUAUCUUUUGUUCGUUUCUACCGCCGAUAGGUCAAAGCUUACUCGUUUUGGUGGGACUAGUUAAGGUGGCUGAAGGUUUCGUCACAUUGCAAUGGCAUAAUGGAGAGGGGCUUACGCCCCAUUGCAGUCUGAUGAAGCAAAGAUCUGAUUGGAUCAAGCCGUGAAUAGACGUAGAGUAGACGUAAGCUAAUGCUAAAUAACAAGAGACAAAAAUUUUAAGACACGAUUAUCUUCUUCAUAAAAAGGUUCCUAAACUUGAACCAAUUGAACCUGCAGGUUCAGGUUAGCUAUCAUGAACUCAAAAGUUUCUGUACCUAUCUCUAUAAUUCAGGCAGGCAAGUAUGGUCGCGCGAUAAAUGAUAAAACCUCUGGAGGUCAAGACACUAAAAGCUACACUGACAAUGACAAUGUACACGUUAUUGCUGCAAAUUUUGAGACGCAACUAUGGGAAAGAGUGAGUGACAAAUAUAUGCAUCUCUUUCUUGUUUCAAAACAUGCAGGUGCAAUAAGAAAUUUAUGUUCUAAUGGUCCCCCAGGAUUACUAGUCUUCAUUCAAUCGGGACUAUUAAAAUAGCACCGUGUCUCAAGGUAGCUAUUGUUCUUAGGGCAGGUACAGACUGCUGUUUAUAAUAUGUUAACUGCA